AUGCUUGUGGGUGGUCUCUUGCAACAUUUUCUUGGUAUAAAGCUAGCCAUUUUCGUAGGGAGCGUUUGUGUUUCUCUAUCCACUCUAUUGGGAUAUUGGACAAUUAGUAAUUACUAUGUUUUGUGUGCUACGUACGGUUUGGUUUUUGGUAUUGGAGUUGGAAUUGCCUAUUCGUCUCCCAUGACUGCGGCAAUGAAAUGGCUUCCGAAUCAUCGUGGUCUCGCAAACGGUUUAAUUGUUUUUGGCUUCGGCUUUGGUUCUCUCAUUUUCAACUUCGUCCAGACCUUCUAUAUCAACCCUGACAACGUCAACCCCAUUCCGGAAUCAUCCGGUGCUUCCUCUGAUUACUACUUCCCCGCGGAAGUCGCAGCCCGCACUCCGAACGUUUUCCUCCUCCUGGGCACGUGCUACUUCGUCAUGCAGCUCGUGGGCAUGCUCCUCAUCACCGAGCCCAACGAGGAAGAGCAGAAGCAGCUCGCCGAAGAAAUGCACCAGCCGCUGCUGCCCAAGACGGACGUGGACAGCGGUCUGGACGUGCGUACGUCGGUGCAGAAGUUCAAGUUCUGGCAGAUUUGGCUGACGAUGCUGUGCGUGUCGAUGACGAACGUGUUCAUUUCGUCCUUCUACAAGGUAUAA